UGCCUUUUUGAUUCUCUUGCAGCGUGUGUGUGCUGCUCUUGUCUAUUCUAUAUAACCCAUUUCAUUAGUUUGUUUCAAACACCAUCAUGGGUACGAUAGGCAACAAUUCCCAUGAGGGUGAUCAUCAUGGGGUGAACUUCACAGCCCAGAGAGGGUUUUACACAAAACUCAAAUCCGGGUUGAAGGAGACGUUCUUCCCUGAUGAUCCGUUCAGGCAGAUCAAGGAGGAGGAGAACCGGUCGCGGAGGAUUAUUAAAGGGGUCCAGUACUACGUCCCCAUCUUCGAGUGGCUCCCAAAUUACACACUGCGCCUCUUCAUUUCCGACUUUAUAUCUGGCCUCACCAUCACCAGCCUCGCCAUCCCUCAAGGCAUUAGCUAUGCCAAGCUUGCCAAUCUUCCUCCCAUUGUUGGCCUUUAUUCCAGCUUUGUCCCACCUCUGGUGUAUGCUAUUUUUGGGAGUUCCAGGCACAUGGCCGUGGGGACGUUAGCAGCAGCAUCAUUGCUAAUAGGCCAAACUAUAUCAACCGUCGCAAGCCCAGAAACGGACCCAACUUUGUACCUUCAUUUGAUCUUCACUACCACUUUUGUCACCGGAGUUUUCCAGGCUUGCUUGGGUAUUUUUAGGCUAGGGAUAUUGGUGGAUUUCUUUUCCCAUUCUACCAUCACUGGAUUCAUGGGAGGGACAGCAUUUAUUCUCAUUGCCCAACAGUUAAAGGGAUUUUUUGGUAUGAAACAUUUUUCAACCAAAACCAACCUUGUUGAAGUGGCCAAGAGCAUCAUCACCAAUAGACAUGAGAUAAGGUGGGAAACCACAGUUCUUGGACUGGUCUUCCUUGCUUUUCUACAAUUUACCAGACACGUGAGGAACAAGAGACCAAAACUCUUUUGGGUAUCAGCUAUAGCUCCAAUGACUGUAGUGAUAGUUGGUAGCAUUUUUGUGUACCUCGUCCAUGGCCAAAAACAUGGAAUUCCAAUCGUGGGCCAUCUAGAUAGAGGGUUAAAUCCUUGGUCCAUUCAGUAUUUCAACUUUGACAGUAAAUAUUUGCCAGCAGUGAUGCAAGCUGCCCUUAUCACUGGAGUCUUGUCAUUGGCGGAAGGAAUAGCAAUUGGAAGAAGCUUUUCUGUUACUGAUAACACACCUCAUGAUGGGAACAAAGAAAUGGUAGCUUUUGGCCUCAUGAACCUAUUUGGUUCUUUCACUUCUUGUUACUUGACUAGUGGACCAUUUUCCAAGACAGCUGUGAAUUACAAUGCAGGGGGUAAAACUGCCAUGACAAACGUGGUCCAAGCAGUCCUCAUGGCGUUGACACUGCAAUUUUUGGCACCACUAUUUGGCUUCACACCUCUUGUUGCACUAUCAGCUAUCAUUACAUCUGCAAUGUUGGGACUGGUUAACUAUACCGAAGUUAUCUAUCUCUACAAAGUUGACAAAUUUGAUUUCGUUAUUUGCAUGGCUGCCUUCUUGGGAGUUGCCUUCUUGGGCAUGGAUUAUGGUCUCAUGAUCUCUGUUGGACUUGGUGUGAUUAGAGCACUGUUAUAUGUUGCUAGACCUGCAACAUGCAAGCUUGGAAAGUUAAAUGAGUUUGGUAUAUACAGAGAUGUUGAGCAAUACCCUGCUUCAACUUUCCCAGGAUUGAUCAUUGUUCAGCUUGGCUCCCCUGUUUACUUUUCAAAUUCUGUGUACGUCAAAGAAAGGGUUAUGAGGUAUAUUAAAAGUCAGCAAAGAUCUAAUGAAGAUGUUGUUGAGCAAGUCAUACUCGAUAUGUCAGGAGUGACAUCCAUUGACACAACUGCAAUUGAAGGAUUGUUGGAGCUAAACAAAAUGUUGGAAAAGAAUGGAAUUGAGAUGUUUUUGGUAAACCCAAGGCUGGAGGUUAUGGAGAAACUAAUAAUAUCCAAGUUUGUUGACAAGCUUGGGAAGGAAUCGUUCUAUCUAACAUUGGACGAUGCAGUGAAGGCAAGCCAAUACUCACUCAAGAAAAAUGAUAAUGGAGACAUAGUUCAUGAAACUAGUCAUGCUUAAAUGCAACAAUUAAAACCAUGUUGUGUACCAGAGAUUUCUUUUGGAUGGCCCAAUAUGAAUGGUGUAUUAUAUGCUAUUGUUUUGGAAUUGAGAAUGUGUUUGCUAAUGGCUUCACCAAUACUUUGAAAGUACAAAGGGAGGCUUACCAGAGAACCCUUUUCAAUUCAUAUUAGAUGUGUUUGGGUUUCUGUUGAGAAGACUUGAAAUUGAAAGUGCUUUAAUGAAAGUCUGCCUCUCAGGAAUGGUUGAAAUAAAAGCUGGUUUUGGUGAGUGUAACCCUAUAGGAACAAAUACAUACUUACCCUGAUGGUAAAUGAUCUAUGUAUUUAUUUAUUCAUAUAUCAAGUUUUAUUUUAAAGAUUUA